AUGAAAACGAUCGUCAUCUUGAUACUUUUUAGCAUCAGCUUUCUGGCGAUAAGUUUAGCUGAUGAGGAGGAGGGAGAAAAGAUCGUUGAUGUUGACGCUUUGGAUAGUUCGGUGAAAGCGGAUCUCGGCGAUGAUACAGAUGAUUUCAAGAAGUUCAAUAAAAAAUUCAACAAGAAAUUCAAGAAUAAACACAUCAAGAAAUACGCAGCGAAUUUCAAGAAAAACAACAAACGAUUAAAGGCGAUGAAAGAAAAAGUGAAGGGAAGAAGGUUUAAAGUGAAAAUGAACAAAUUUAUGCAUUUAACGCCUGAGGAAUUUUCAGAGAAAGUUUUGCUGAAAGAGGAUGCGAUGGAGUUUCACGAGAAGAGCAAUUCCAUCGAUCACAAGACGGCUAAAAAGUUGCGAGCGGCAAAGAAAGCGGCGAAAAGAAAAGGCAAAGGCAAAGGACAUGUUGGCGAUGAAGGAGCAUUACCAGUAUCACCUGUAAAAGCGGACGCUGAGAAAUUCUCUUUUUCCGAUGUUGGCUCAGCGCUUAGCCAGUUAAUUUGGGGUAGUGAAACGACUACUAAGGCUCCAACGAAGGCAACAACGAAGCCAACGACCAAGGCAACGACCAAGGCAACGACCAAGGCAACGACGAAGGCAACAACGAAGGUAACGACGAAGGCAACGACUAAAUCGGCAGUGACAACGAAAGCGACGACAACGACGACAGCGUCGACAACGACCACAACGACCACAACCGCGGCUGCUUUACUUCAAGAUGAGCCAUUGCCAGAGAAUUUUGAUUGGAGGAAUGAGGGAGUAAUUACACCGGUGAAGAAUCAAGGAGAAUGCGGCAGUUGUUGGACGUUCAGUGCCGCUGGCGUUCUUGAGGCUCAACACGCGCGAAAGUACAACAAAGAGAUGCUUGAUUUGGCUGAAAUGCAAAUGACAUGCGUUUAUGCAUCAACGAUUUGUGAUGGAGGCGCUUCAGAAGAUGCUUUUGAAUACUAUCAAACAAGCCCAGGAAUUGGUCUCGAAAAGGAUACUCCAUAUGAUCCAAAAGCAUCAAUGACAUGUAAAGUGAAGCCUCCCACUCCAAAAGUGAAAGUCGCUUCUCACAUUAGUCUCCUUGGCUCAACGGUUGAUGAAAUCAAAGACGCUCUUAUCACUGAUGGACCAAUUGGAGUCGGAAUCUACGUGAACGAUGAAUUUAUGUAUUAUGGAGGUGGAAUUUUCGAUGUUCCAUGUAUUGGAAAAGCGCUCGGAGGACAUGCGAUGAUCAUCACUGGAUAUGGCCGGGAGAAUGGUACCGACUAUUGGUUGAUCAAGAACUCGUGGGACACUGAAUGGGGAGAAGAUGGCUAUGCUAAGUUCAAAAUGGGCUCCGAUUUGUGCAAAGUGGAAUCGAAACGGCUAAACCAAGCGCAAAUUGUC